CAUGCUUGUUUCAAAUGUCUUCAACAUGAUCUGACGAAGUGUGUAGUUUUUUCACCGGUCCCGGAAAUCACGAAGAACGGCCGAAGUUUGACAACCAGCCUGCGUUGAACUGUCAAAUCGUUACGGAAUUUUCGGUGUUUUGGUUUGUGGUAACUUGCCGAUCUAUCGAAAUGCCGGAGGCUCCAGCUCGUAAUCCGCUCGAAAGCUUUCUGAAUGCCGUACAGGCAACCAUCGACUCGCCCGUAACAUGGUUCCGUGAGAAAAUCGUCGAACCUAACCGGCAAACGUAUCCGUGGUACCAUCAGAAGUUCCGCCGUGUACCGACCAUUGACCAAUGUUACACCGACGAUGCGGUGUGCAUCUUCGAGGCAAACCAACAGUUUAAACGCGACAAGAUGGUCGACAAUGAAAUCCUCGCAAUCUUGCGCCAACGUUUUGAGGACUGUGUGCUGUAUGAGCAGCCGGACCACGAGCGCAAGUGCCGUUCACUGCUAGACACGUACGAAAAGGCGUCCGAGAAUUGGUUUAUCAAGUAUGGAGAUCUCGGUGGCUAUGCGAAUGCGAAGACGGCCUACAUGAAGCAGAAGCAUCGUAUGAUCUGGGAAAGACGCCACGGACCGGUUGGUAGCGGUAUGAAAACGGUCGAAGGAGAGGAAGAAGCUGCCAGCGGACAUUAGAAAUAUGCAACCAAGCGCUACCAAGAAGUGUAACGGUGUAGUAAUGGAAAAAAGCAUGAGCCGCAAGUUUGUCGUCGCGCUUACAAUUUGUCGAAUUGGAGUGUAAAUAUAAAAGCAAAGCGUAAAUACACCAAAAAAAAUCACGAAAACACGUUAAAAACGG